AUGACAUCUGGUACGUUACGGGUGGAGGAGAACAGUACUGACGACGGCAUACGGCUACUUAUACCCCGCACGAUCCAAGCGGAAAGGAAUCUAAAUUUCUUCGUACAUGGGAGAACUUUUCUGUCAUUGUUACCCCAUUGCAACUCCAGUGGUUACGAGCAUAGAUAUAACGUGAAAUUAGCCACCCUUACUGUGACAGAUCACAAAGAUCGAGGGCUUCCAGCAGGUCGGCCACUUGCUCAGUGCAUUAUCUAUUUUGAACAAUUACAGCUUUUCUAUAGCGGAACAAUGACAGCGAACGACGUGUUAGAGAUGAGUGAGGUGAUUCGGAACCUAGGUUUCACCCGCGCACCACGGUCACAGAUGAGGCACAAUACACUUCUGUCGGACGCUCAUCGCAAAGACUUGGGAGCGGAAGGCGGGGGGCUUGUAGAAGUGGGCACUCAUUUCAUGGCAUUAGACAACAAGAGAGUUGCUGCUUUGCAACCUGCUGUUAAUAAGGCUGUUGGAAAUCUGCUGAAGGAGGAACAACUCGAGGCAUCUGAGCAUCGCUUUGCCAAAGUCCUAACCUUCUUGAGAGCCAAGGGACAAAGUGCUGUGGCCGACUAUCUCACAGAGGACUACUUAGUUUUGUUUGCGAGAUCUAAAAACAGUGACAUUCAGUACAAGGCUGUUGGAAAUCUGCUGAAGGAGGAACAACUCGAGGCAUCUGAGCAUCGCUUUGCCAAAGUCCUAACCUUCUUGAGAGCCAAGGGACAAAGUGCUGUGGCCGACUAUCUCACAGAGGACUACUUACAUAUUGAUGUAAAAGGUCUAGGCAAAACUGAGUCAUGGGCCUCCUCCGUGAAUAAAGGAACAGUCAUGGAUACAAUCAUGAUCAGCAAACGAUCGCACCGAAUGAUCAAAGACGGUGUCCUCUACAGGAACGCAAACUGUCGCCUUGACUGCCUGAUGGGAUCACUGAUCUGA